CUGCAAACCUGAUUCGCUCUCCCGCUCGAGGAAGGGCACAAGAUGCUGGAGGCGAGGAGCCUGCGGAAGGCGCUCGUCCCGUCUUCCCUCCUCUCCGAUCCCUCUCCGGGGAACCUCCAGUCCACUCGACUCGCUCUCCACGUCAAUGAGGCCGGCCCUUCUUGCUUGGUCUACAUCGCUUCCGGGUGCCGCGUUUACAAGAUCGAGAUAUCUAUGGAAGAUUCCACAAUUACCAAGGGAAAGGAGAGUCUUCUGAUUCCUGUUCAUGCACAGGUGAUAAGCUCAUCAAUAGUUGACCGCUGCCCACACCGUUCAGAGAUUCAAAGUGUAGUAAUUGCUGAGGGAGAUAGUGAUAACUGCUUAAUUAUGGGUACAGUAGACUCUUAUGGUCACCUUAUUGUAUCCCGAUUGGACGUGAUAGAUGCAGAUGUUGACAGGCUUUCAUAUUCGGUGCUGCCCCGGGAUUGUGGUGUAGGAGAAGGGAGUUGGGCUGGGGUUUGUUUCAGCCCAGUUCAUUGGUCUACGGUGGCAGUUGCUCGCAGCUUCUGCAAAAGCAUUGAUGUUUAUGAUCAAGAUAUUCAUCUUCGGAGUUUACAUACGUUGUGGUAUCCAGCGUCAUUGAGCUUUCUUCAAAAUUCGCUCACUGGGGAUGGGAGUUCCUCUAUACUAGCUGUUGCUGAAGGUUCUCAGCUGACUAUAUGGGACUUGAGAACAAAUCACAAUGGUGGUUGUAUACAACGUGUUUGUGGCUCCAUCGGAGAUCUCAUAUAUGCUGUUAGCUGCGCUCCAUCUGGAGCAAUUGCGGUGGGUGGAUCUGAUCGGACUGUAACCAUCUACGAUCCUCGCAAGUGGUCAGCCAUAUCAAGAUGGGUAAACUGCUCCAAAUAUGAGAUAACAGGUUUAUCUUUUUCAUCAAUCGACACAGCCUGUAUUUAUAUACAAAGUGUUGAUUAUGAGGUUAUGUGUGGGCUAUGGAAAGAACAUAGUAAAGUGUUUUCGUUCAGAGGAGACUCUAACUGGCUGGGAUUUAAUAAGUCUGCAAAAGCAGAUGUUCUUGCUGGAUGGUGUGAUUCUGGCAGUAUCUUUGUGGCUGAUGUUUUAAGGGAGCAACAGGAAAGCAUGUGAGGGCUAACAAUUAGCAACCCUGAUUUCUGACAAUAGAUAAGUAUUGGGUCUUUCAUGCAAGUAAAGAAUUUGCUGCGGCAUCUUGGUUAGCCUAGUUUGAGAUAUGCUGAGCUGCCCAAAUUGUGGUCAGAAUCCAUUCUGUCAACAACAAUGAUUAGUGCUUUUCAUUGUUACUAAUAUAUUCUGUAUUUGGGUUUUGCAAUCUUUCUGGACCAUAUUGUUUAACUGAAACGGUUAAAGAUGUUAGUGAUGACCUCCAUCUUCAGAACUUUGUCUUUAUCGAGAAAUCAAAUAUUCCUUCUUCUUUGAGGAA